UUAAUGCAGGAGCCCUCUGGCUGAGAUGGAGGAAGAGCGUCGAGAGCAUGUGGCGAAGAUGAAGAAAAUGGAGACUGAGAUGGAACAAGUGUUUGAGAUGAAGGUCAAGGAGAAGAAACAGAAAUUGAAGGACUCUGAGAAUGAACUGCAGCGCCGACAUGAACAGAUGAAGAAAAACCUGGAGGCUCAAUACAAGGAGCUGGAGGAGAAGAGGAAGCAGUUUGAGGAAGAGAAAGUAGCAUGGGAGGCAAAGCAACGCUUGUUGGAACAGCAGAAACUGGAUGCUUCAAAAACAAUGGAAAAGAACAAGAAGAAAGGGAAGAUCUUCUGAAGAGGUUUAUUAUUAGUGGAAAUGUUUUAAGGCUCAUUCCUUUGGCCAUACUGCAACGGAGAGACAUCGCUUAAAUCUGAGCAGACAAUUACUUAGCUCCCUGCAAGCCCAGGACUAGUGAAAAAAACAGUAAAUUCUUCAUAUGUCCCUGGCACUGAGCUCCUUUACAGUGGGCCUCUUGUCUUGUCUUAAUAUCCCAUGAAUCACAAGCUGUGUGGUAAUGAUGACAUUUGGUACCUGCUGCUCAUGCUGCAUGCUCCUCACACUGCCCCCCAUGUGAGAGUAAAACUCAGCUCCACAUUCUGUCUGCUUGGUGUGUGAUUGCCACCUAGUGGCAGAUUCUUCAUAUGCCACACACUCAUCUAACACAAGGAUCACAGUGUGGCCCCAUCCAGUUUGGCCAUUGUAUCCUCCUCUGGUAUUAAUUUCUUGAGCAAGUUGUGCAAUUCCAGUGCUGGUAAUUGUGGUUUGCAAAAGGUCAGCAGUCUCGUUGGUUCACACUGGGCCAUAGAAACAGAUCACUGAAGUGCUGAUUGUAAUCAUUCAACGCAAAACAAAAUGAACAAUUUUUGUUUCAUAAUUGAAGUGAGGUUAUGUUUAAUGAGUGGUUUGAAUAUAGUGAAUCACGUGCGAUAACAAUCAUUACAAAUGGGCAGGACAGAAACAUAUUGAUUCUCUAUUUGUAUUGGUAUUUCACCAGCUCAAAUGCCCCAUGGAUUCAGGAUUGGUUGGUCAUGAAUGGGCCACCUGGUUGCCAGUCAUGUGCAAUGAUUCCCUGUAUUUGGAGUGACUGGUUUUCUGAAUGGGGGCAGGAGCUUCUGUGUGGGGAGACACCUUGUCCUCCAGUCAAGCAAACCGAUGCAGUUGCAGGUUGCCCUUCAUUUCAGUUGAUACAAUGACGCAGCGGUAGAAUUACUGUCUUAGAGUCAGAGAUCUGGGUUUGAUCCUGACUACGGGUGCUGCCUGUACACAGUUUGUACGUUCUUCCUGGGACUG